AUGAGUGCAGUGCUAAACAUUGGACAUAAGAUGAUAAGAUCCAAUUGGAUAUCUCAAAAUAAUUAUUCUUUAAGUCUCAGUCCGAUCGCCAGGGUGAUAUAUGGCGUGGAGUCAGCGAAGGUGGAGGAAGUUACGGCCGCGCCAGUGCCGACCGAGUCGGAGGCGCGGUCCAACCGGCCCACGCAUUGCGUGGUCGGUGGAGCGCAUGCCUUCAUACUUAGAAUUUCCAGUUUCUUUGGGUUGGCUCCCCUCCGGUUCGAAGCCCGCAACAAUGGCUUCACGGUCAGCAUAUCCAGCGCCAUGUGUGUCUACAGCUACAUUUUAGUUACAGUUCUAGUAAUAUGCACUAUAUUCGGCCUAGUAGCGGAGAUUAACGUGGGUGUAGAGUUGUCAGUGCGCAUGUCCUCGCGCAUGUCGCAAGUCGUGUCGACGUGCGACGUUUUAGUCGUGGUCGCGACUGCCGGCGCAGGAGUCUACGGCGCGCCCCAACGGAUGAGGAACAUGUUGAAGUUCAUGGAGAAUAUCGCUUCGGUGGACACGAGUAUAGGUGGGCAAUACUCCUUAGUGACGGAGCGGAAGCUGUGUGGCAUCAUCCUCGCCAUCCUCAUCUUCUUCUCCAUCCUCAUCGCUGACGACUUCACCUUCUACGCCUUACAGGCCAAGAAAUUGGAUAGAGAAUGGGACGUAGUAACCAAUUACCUUGGGUUCUACCUUCUGUGGUUCGUCGUACUGAUACUAGAGUUACAAUUCGCGUUCACUGCACUCUCGGUGCGCGCGCGCUUCUCAGCUGUCAACGAUGCCUUAGCGCUAACUGCUCGACAAGUCUCCGUCCCUGUAGAGAAACCGAAGAGUUCGUCGCCUCUUAACAUUUAUGCGAUCCGGGUAGCGCCGGCUGACUCGGCUCGGUCGGCGAACGUCAGCCUUCUGGUGGAAACCAUGACUGGCAGGGAACAUGUUGUCAUAAUCAAGAGGACAGCCAGUGGGGAGCCUCGCCUCAUUGUGUCUCCAUGUGACGCCGUCAGACGUCUAGCAGCCCUACACGGCACGCUCUGUGAUGUCGUCAACAGUAUAGAUGACAGCUAUGGCCUCCCUCUCGUCGUAAUCCUAAUUUCAACGCUAUUACACCUCAUUGUUACGCCAUACUUCUUGAUUAUGGAGAUCAUCGUGUCUACGAAUCGCAUUCAUUUCCUGGUUCUGCAGUUCUUGUGGUGUGUGACACACAUGCUGCGUAUGAUCGUCGUCGUGGAGCCCGGACACUAUACUAUAGCUGAGGGCAAAAGAACAGAGGCGUUAGUAUGCAGGCUGAUGACAUCGGCGCCAUCUACUGGCGUGCUGCCCUCCAGGCUGGAGAUAUUUUCCCGACAGCUGAUGCUGCAGUCAGUCAGCUACGCGCCAAUGGGGAUGUGUACUCUGCACCGACCGCUCGUUGCUUCUGUAAUAGGUGCAGUGACAACGUACCUGGUGAUUCUCAUACAAUUCCAAAGAUACGACAGUUGA